CAAGGAAAGGGAGAGAUCUUUUCUCCGGCAACAGGAAAAGGCAUAAAAAAGAAAAGAAAAGAAGGACGAAAAGGAAAUCUUGGCUUCAAGCCGCCUCCUCCUCCUCUCUUCUUCGUCUUCCCCUUUCCCCCUCCUUCGGUCCUCCCUCCGCUGCUGCGUGCGUGCCGAUCGAGCCUCGCGCACGCGGAGAUAGAACACGUCAUCGUCGUCAUCCCCUUGUCUCUCUAUCUCUCUCUUCACGCGCGGCGCGGGAGCAGGGAGGAGAGGCGACGAGCCGCGGGCGGGGGCGAGGGAGGGAGAAAAACCUGACCCUUUUUUCCUCCCGUCACGUAUUAAAAAUCCAUUUCUUCUCCGUCUUCCCUUUUUCCGCUAAUCCCGCUGUCCCUAUCCCCUCCCGUCCCCUCGCCGCCGGCCCGGCGCGCCCAGAUCGCGACCCCCUCCCCUCCGCCCUCGCCGAUCGUCCCGCCCCCGCCGCGCGCUCCUCCGGGGGCUCGCCGUUGUCCGGCGUCGCCUCUCCCGGCACGUCUCGCCCACGUCGGGCGGUUGCUCCGCGCCUCGUCCACGUGCGAGGAGUCGCGGCUGCGGGGGCUUCGAGGGAGCGAGCCAGCGAGCGAGCUCCGGCGCCCAUGGUCGACAUCCACGAGUGCGCCGUGGUGCUCGUGCAGGAGCCCGACCAUGCGGCGGCGGCGGCGGCCAACCCGGACCCGUCCUCGAUCUCCGCCGGCGCCUGGCGGCCCUUCGAGGAUGCCGCGGCCGCCGUCGUGGGCCGGAUCCAGCCGUCUGUCUCCUCCGAGGACCGCCGCGCCGCCGUCGUGCACUACGUCCAGCGCCUCAUCAGGUGCAGCGUCGGCUGCGAGGUGUUUCCGUUUGGAUCUGUUCCACUGAAAACAUAUCUUCCUGAUGGAGAUAUCGACUUGACUGCAUUUGGUUCCACAAGCUCUGAUGAAAACCUAGCAAAUGAGGUUCGCGCUGUUCUGGAAUCAGAAGAACUGAGGAAAGAUGCUGAGUUUGAAGUGAAGGAUGUCCAGUAUAUCCAUGCUGAGGUGAAGCUGGUCAAAUGCCUUGUGCAAAAUAUUGUUGUAGACAUUUCAUUCAAUCAGAUUGGUGGACUCUGUACGCUUUGUUUUCUUGAGCAGGUUGAUGAAAGAUUUGGAAAAAAACACCUUUUCAAGAAAAGCAUAAUGCUGAUAAAAGCCUGGUGUUAUUAUGAAAGCCGCAUUCUCGGUGCCCACCAUGGUUUAAUUUCUACCUACGCCUUGGAGAUAUUGGUGCUAUAUAUUUUCCAUCUUUUCCACAAGUCUUUGGAUGGUCCAUUAGCUGUCCUCUAUAGAUUUCUGGACUAUUAUAGCAAAUUUGACUGGGAUAACAAGGGUAUAAGCUUGUAUGGUCCUGUACCAUUGUCUUCCUUACCUGAGCUAGUUUCCGAAGCACCAGACACUCAUGAUGUUGAUUUCCUUAAGCGGGAGGAGUUUCUCAAAGAAUGUGCACAAAGGUUUACUGUCCCCCCUAGGAACUUUGAGAGAAAUACUCGACUGUUCUCAAGAAAAUUUCUCAACAUAGUGGAUCCACUGAAGCAGAACAACAAUCUUGGGCGUAGUGUCAGCAAAGGUAACUUCUAUCGGAUACGCAGUGCAUUUGAUCUUGGUGCCCGGAAGCUUGGGAAGAUCCUUCAAGUGCCUAUCAAUUCUGCUGUGCCUGAAGUGAAUCAGUUUUUUAGGAACACAUUGAAGCGAAAUCACACUAUGGUAAGGCCAGAUGUGCAGGACAUUGCACUGGACUUCAAUAUUGAAAGAGACAACAAAGGUUUAGACCGUAAUUCUUUUGGUGAUCUAUCUGAUCAGUUCAACAGCAUCAGUAUUUCAGAUGUCAAUAACCAUGGGUCUCUGAAGGAAAAAGAACAAAAUCCUAUGGUUGAGCAUGAGGAAAUGAAGUCUGUUUCAAAUCCUGUAACAAGUUCUAUUAGUACGAGGAAUAACAGUGACUUCUGUGAGACUGCACCAUCAACUAGUGAAACCUUGUCACCUGGGAAAGCUCUCUAUGCACCACAUCUCUUGUAUGAGCCAGGAAAUGGGAAGGUUGGUGCCAAUCAUGAUAUAAACUUGGCACACCAUGGGAUGACAUCGAAAGGGUACCCAGGAACUAAGUAUCGCAAUGAGAAUUCACAUCCAGUGGAUAACUGCUUACCACCAGCUAAGAACUCAGAUAGCAAUGGGGCACAUAUUAAAGAGGCAGGUGGUGAUGGAGGUGCAAUCAAUGACAUUUUAUCAGAUCUUGCUGGAGAUCACGGAACAAAUUUGUAUAAUCUUUCCUAUGCACAAGGGUGCCAACAAGAUUACCCAGUAAACCAUGAUUACCCGGUUAAUCAAGUUUACUAUCAAAUGCCUGCUCCACCACCUGCACAAUAUCAGAACAAUCGCUCACCAAAUGGCCAUAGCAGAAAAAAUGGUUAUGGCUAUGCUGGUACAAGUGGAAUAUCCCCUGGUUCUUAUCCAUCUGGCUAUUUCGUUGUAAGACCAUUUUAUCAACCGGAUGAUACUAUGCGAGCUCGUGGAACAGGCACCUACUUUCCUGACCCAACUUUGUGCAAGGACAGGCCACCUGCUGGACGAGGGGAAAGAGGAAGACAUAGUUUCCAUCCAAAUCACUAUCACAGGGCUCACCGCUAUCCCAGAAUGGAUAUGCCUUCAGAUAUGGUGCUGUCGGAGGAAUGGAGGCAAGUGCCAGUGCCACCAUUGCAGAUUUACAUUCCUGGUGCAAGUGAUCAUGGAAUUCCCUCCCCGUUGAAUAUACCAUUAUCAUCUCCAUCCCCCCGGGCUCCAAGGGAUGGUAUUCAUCGCAAUGGUUUUAUUCACCCACAAGACAAUAAACUUGAAUUUGGGACUUUGGGGGCAUUGCCUUUGGAAGUUAAGGGUACUUCUCAAGACCAUCCUAGCAAAUCUAGUUCUGCCGCCAACAGUCAAUCUUCUGCACCUGUAAGCCCUGUGUCUUCAGCAUUAAAUCCUGGAAAGGGUUCUAAUCGGAUGAGGAAUGGUGGGCCAUAUCAUCUUAAGGACAACGGAGAUUUCCCGCCACUCUCCAGCUGACGCAAGACAUAGUUGACCAUCAUGUACCAAAGACAUGUCAAGCCAAGAGAAAGAUGCCGCUACAUCGUGCACACCCGGUGCGGCAAUAGCAGAGGGUUAAUCUACAAAAUAAUUCACCAUCAUGUACAUCCUGACUUUAACUUGUCGUUCCCAAGUCGUCGUCAGAUUUUCACCAUGCCGCCGGAACGCAGCCUGCGCUGCUGUGACUGGAAUCUCAUGGUGUCCCCCCAUUUCCCUCAAAAAAGAAAAGAAGAGGAAAAGAAAGAAUAAGCACAGCUUAAUCUCUGUCUGUGCCAUGUAGAUACUUUGUUGGGGGGAAGAAAAAGAGCUAGCCUAGCUUGUGUUGUUUUGUGGUGAUAGUGUAAUCUGUCUGGUUCUCGGAGAGGCCUUUGUGUUGGAAGGCCCCUUGCCCGAAGUAACAGUAGAUGCUUGAUGAAAUUGGUAGGUACAGAGUUAAAACUGUAUGUGAUGUUAGAUUUACAGUUGGUCGGAAAAUUAACCAGAGAUAGUCAUAGUUGUGCUUCA